AUGGCCAAGGCUGCGUGGGCCUCAACCUCGGCACGCCUGUCUCGCGACUCCUUCCUCCCAUUCGGUUCCUGCUACCUCUGCCUGGAAAUCGCAAGAGACCCUGUAUCAUGCAGUCACGGUGACAUCUUCUGUCGCGAGUGUGCGGUGGCCAAUCUUCUCGCGCAAAAGAAGGAGAUCAAGCGCUUGGAGCGAGCACGGGAGAAAGCGGAGCAAGAGAUUCUAGAGGCCCAGGCUCGUCAAGACGCGGAAGCUCAGGAACGCGCUAUUAAAGAAUUCGAAAAGAUUCAAGCGGGGCUCAAUCCGUCGUCAUCAGCGGCGGUAUCGUCUUUGUCCGGCUUAGCGUCAGAAGAUGUCACGAAAGGACCCGAGGCCGACUCUGCAAGACAGGGCACUAAGAGAAAAUUCGUUUUGGAUCAAGACGAGCUAGAUAGAAUCGCAAUGGAAGAUCGCACUAAGGCGCAGAAAUCCAUUGACGAGGAAAAGGCAUCCAAGGAGAAGUUGCCUUCUUUCUGGACACCGUCUCAAACGCCCGACGCCGAGGCGGCUCGCAAAGCAACAGGCUUAGCAGCUGUUCCCAAGAAGAUCAAGCUUGCGCCUAUCUGUCCGGCCUCACCGAAUAACUCACAGCAUCCAUACUCCCUGAAGUCUCUGAUACCGCUCAACUUCAAGGAAGAGCUCGAUUCCAACACGAACAGCAACAGGCGCAUAUGUCCCUCGUGCGUGAAGAUGCUCAGUAAUGGGUCACGGCCUCUGCUGGCUGAAAAGUGUGGCCAUGUCAUCUGCCGAAGCUGUGCCGUCAAGUUCAUGACUCCUGUCAAGAGCAGCGACGCUUCGCUGCAAGAGAACGCUUGCUACGUUUGUGAUGCCCGGCUGACAGCGGACCGCUCUGGUGGCAAGCAGAAGCAGCGCAAAGAGGAAUUUGUCGGAUUGAUCGAGCUCAGAUCCGAGGGUACAGGGUUCUCUGCGAGGGGCGCAAGUAAGGUUGAGAAAAGCGGCGUCGCCUUUCAGUGCUGA